AUGGCCAAUAAUCACAUUGGAGUGAACCCAUCACAACCUUCAAUUCCGAUUUUCCAAGGGAGUAAUUAUGAUGUGUGGAGUACCAAGAUGAAGACCUUGUUUUUAUCCCAAGAACUAUGGGAUUUAGUGGAGAAGGGCUAUACUAAAGACGGAGUGGCAGCUGAUGCUCUCAGAGACCUCCGAAAGAAGGAUGCCAUUGCUUUAUUCUUCAUCCAACAAGCUGUGGAUGACGUGAUUUUCCGACGCAUAUCUGCUGCAACAAGGUCCAAAGAAGCCUGGGAUAGACUGUAUACAGCGUAUCAAGGCACUGCAAAAGUGGUAACUGUUAAACUUCAAACUCUUCGUAGAAAAUUUGAAAGUUUGCUUAUGAAAGAUGGAGAUGUUUUGUCUGAUUAUAUUUCCAACGUGAUUGAUGUUGUGAAUCAAAUUAGAAAGUAUGGUGAAUAUUUGAGUGAGCAAAAAGUGGUUGAGAAAAUUCUUAGGAGUUUGCCUAAGAAAUAUGAUCAUGUUGUGGCUGCAAUAGAAGAAUCAAAAGACUUGAGUGUGUUAACUCUUGAUGAGUUGCAGGGUUCUCUUUUCUCUCAUGAAGAUAGGAUGAAGAGAUAUGAUGAUGUUUCUGUUGAGAAUGCUUUUUACAGUAAGAUGCAGCUCUCACAAGGUGAACCAAGAAGUCAGAGCAACUCUAAGUCGCAUGGUGGUUCUUCGUCACGAGGAAGAAGAGGAGGCAGAAGCAGUGGUCGUUCCAAUGAGUACGAUCAAGGUUCAAGAAACUAUGAUAAAGGUGAGAAUCAAAGCCCUAAACAGUGUUACUACUGUAAGAGAUAUGGCCAUAUAGAGAAAUUUUGCUGGCGUAAGGAGCAGCAUGCCAAUCUAGCCCAGGAGAAAGGGGAAGAUGAUACCGAAAGUCUGUUUCUUGCAUGUUUCUCUGCCAAAGAAUGUUCUCCAAAAACUUGGUACAUCGACAGCGGCUGCAGCAAUCACAUGACAAGUGAUUUACAUCUUUUCACCGAUUUAGAUGAAUCUGUGACUAGCUAG